AGGCAAAAAAAUCAGUUUCCAUGCCUCCGACCACUGUCCAAAGAGGAAAAAAAAGUUGCUGACGAAAACCCUUUCGGAAAAGAUGUUAAUAUUUCGUUUCAGUACACAUGAGUUGGCAUCAAUGGUUUGAUUUAUAAACUAGCAGAAGAGUAUGGCGCGUACGUGUGUAUCAUGUAAAUAUCAAACAGGAAAAAUGAGAAAUCAGAAAGUUUUAAGGAUUCUUUUACUCUAUAACGUAUUAGAAACUGUUUACAGAGUUGUACAGGCAGCAGAUAGCCGUACACAUGCUUUUGUGCAUGUGGAUGGUGAUUUGAGGUAUUUAAUGGAUGGUGUAUCAAUGGAGAUGCAGGAAUUUAUCAGAGAAGAAGAUACAUCUGCAAUAAGUUUUACAGACCUAAAUGAAGAAAAUUUAAAUGCUUACGCUAGCCCCAUUGCUUUUCAUCCUCCCAUGUUAAAUUUUCACAAUCAUCCUGUUGGCAUGCCUCAUAUGGAGCGUGUUAUUGUUCAAAAUUUAAGCCCUGAUACAAGUAUUCAUAUGCUAUCCAUAUCAGGAAAUACUUUACAUACUCAUUGUUCAUUUUUUCAAGAAAAGGUUAUUCCACCUGGAGGGAAUACUAGUUUUGAUGUAGUAUUACUGGCUCGAGAGGAAGGCAUAGUUGAAGAUACAUUAUUUAUUCAUACAUCAUUAGGCUCUUUUAAAUUUCAGGUGUCUGCUGUUGGAAUUCCAAACCCUUAUAGGCUGAGGCCGUUUGUUGGUGUUAAAAUGCCCUUAAAUAGCAGUUAUUCUUCAAUUAUUUACAUGCACAAUCCUCAUAGUUCAACAUUACAGCUGACAGAAAUGUACUCGAGUGGUGGAGAUCUACAUUUAGAAUUGCCUGAGGGAGAGAAUGAAGCUCCAAAGUCUCUUUGGGAAAUUCCACCAUAUGAAACAAAACCCAUUAUUAAAGCAAAUUUUAUUGCACGCACAGAGAAAAAUCACACAGCUUUUAUUCGAAUAAGGACAAACUGUUCUGGUCAAGAUUAUUUAUUAUUACCUGUUGAAGUUGAUGUGACUUCAUCUCCAGGUAUAUACUGUCCCAUUGAAGUUCUUGAUUUUGGAGUUCUAAGAAGUCAAGAUGAAGCUAAAACAUUAACUCUUUCAUUACUUAAUUCUGGACAAAAACAUGUUCAUAUCGUUAAUGUAAUUGCUACUCCAGUCAAUGAAGCUGUAGAUGUGAAAUUUGUUCCUGCUAAGAUACCACCAGAUACCGUAUUCAGUACUCAAAUAGCUACAAUCACAUUUAACCCUUCUAGAGCAUUGCAUACGAAGCAGUGUUGUGGAAAAAUUGUUAUUAAAUCGAAAAAUAAUCAAUAUAAAUUACAAAUACCUUAUCAAGUGAAAUUAUUGAAGGGAUCACUUGAUUAUAACAAAAACUGCACACGAUUUUAUGUGGGGCUACAAAAUAACAGCAGUUUUCGAGAUCGAGAAUUUAAUAUUACAAAUAGUUUUAAUGUUGUGAUUAUAGUGUAUGGUAUUUCACUGCCACAUGAAGCAGAAGAACAUUUUUCAGUAAAAUUUAUUGAACCAGUAAUUUUAAAACCUGCACAGUCAGCAACUGUUGCUUUUUUAUCUUUUAAGCCAUCAAUUUCAGAUUUACAUCUAAUAUCUUAUUUGAGACUUCAUACCAAUAUUUCUUAUUUUGACAUUCCUCUUCUGUGUUUCACUGGAAGAUUAAAAGUGUUCUUGCCACAUGCAAUUAAUGAAAGUUUCAUCGACUUUGGUACCCUUGGAAUGGGUGAUAAACGCACUGUUGUUUUUGCUGUGAUCAAUGAAAAUCCUGUUGAUGUAAAUUUAAAAUUUUGGGGCUCUAAUGCAAGUAAAACUUACGUUGAACUCGUUGGAGUGGACAAAGGUAAUGCCAGCACAUUAGCAUGGAGGCAAAAUUUUUCAUCAAUGGCUCGCAGUCUAAUUCUGAAACCUCAACAUUACGCAAUAUUUAGAAUUGGUAUUACCGCUCCUAAUCAUGAAGGUUUGUUUCAAGGUCAAGCAUUUGUUGAAACACAAUAUGAAAAAAUAAAUGUUCCUUUUAACUUAAGAACUGCAAAGGGUGCAUUGCGAGUUGAUGAAAUAUUUUUUGAAAAUUCCUUUCCAGGCAAAAUAUCUACUCAAAGUUUAUAUGUCCACAGUACCUUUUCACAUUCCAUGACUAUAACGGGUAUUACUACUGUGCCUGAUGAUUCUAGGUUUAUGUUUGAUCCUUUAAAACAUAGCUCUCCUGUACUACAUCCUAACUCCAGAACUUUGGUAGGGAAAAUGCAUUUUGAUCACAGAAAAUACUGUAAACAGAAGUGUUAUAGUGGCCUACCAACUACUACUUCAAUGGGACAUCAGUGGUUGUUAGGUAUGGCUUUACCUCCUGAUGUUGGUGAUAUGGAUCGAGACUUGUUUCGUACCCUUUGUAAACGAUGGCAUAGUUUAAUUGAUUUAGAAGAGCGAACGACUAAUAUAACUUUAAGAAUAGACACUACUGAAGUUAGAGGUUAUUUAUUAAAAGCUCAUGCAUCUUUACAAUGGCCCCGUUUGUUUAGCAGAUAUAGAUUGAAAUUUCCUAUCACACAAAUUGGUAACCGCACAGUCAAAGAUUUUACUCUUGAAAAUCCCUCUAGUUUGCCCAUCUUGGUACAAGUACUUCCUGUUUCUUUAUAUCCAAAUCCUACUAAUAUAAUUAAUGCAUUGAGAGAAAGAUACGGUGAUGAAUUGGGUUUUAGUAAUAUAGCUAAAGACACUGAUAUCUUUACUUUAGAAGAUUUAGAAGAAAAUAAUCCUCAUCCUGAUAAUCAUAUACCAGCAUAUAGAAAAAGUCUUGAAGAAUUUUUUGGUAUUCAGUCGCAUAAAAAAAGUAUUGCUAUGCUCCUUACGCCUGGUAUGAGAGUACGAAUUCAAGUUGGCUUCACACCUAAAGAUGAUACACUGAAAUCAUCCCUUAUAUUAAUCAGAAAUAAUUUAACAGUUAUGGAUGCUUUACUUGUUCAUGGUCAAGGUGGAUAUGGGCAAAUCAAAUUUGGCAAUAUAUCACCAGGCAGCGAUUCAGUUCUUAUGUUUGAGCUCAAUGAACGCCUCUUAAAAGACUGUGACAAUUCUAAUUCACCAAAAUAUGUUGCACCUAACUUCACUGUGAGAAGAGCCUUCACUGCUAGAAAUACUGGAGCAUUACCCAUCUAUAUCAAAGGAUUUGAUAUUAAUGGUAAACCAUGCCAAGGAUAUGGCUUUAGGAUCUUAAACUGUCAGGGUUUUGAAUUAAAGCCAAAUGCCAGUAAAAAAAUUGAUAUUGCAUACACUCCAGAUUUUUCUCUGACCCAUGUUGAAAGAACUCUGAAUAUCCGUACUAGUCAAGGUCCUGAUGGUCAAAUUUUACAAUAUACCCUUUUAGCUACUGUACCUAAGAAUCUUCUUAUAUAUUGCUCAAAAUCACUGCCUAGACCAUAUUGGGAACCUUAUGCUUACAUCAGCUUUAUUAUUCUUUCCUUGAUUAUGACUUUCUCUGUUGGUAUGUGUGGAUAUCUUGACAGCCAACGACUUUUGCACAGUACUUUCUUCCCUUUCAUUACAGUUGGUCUUCAUGCAGAAAAAAUUGAAAAAGAAAAUGUUUUUGAUUUAAAUGCUAUGUGCUCAUCUCCUAUAGAAAAUAACAGCUACAUCAAAAAUUGUUAUCAAACUGAUACAAAGAAAAAGAAAGAAAAUGGAAUAGAUCAUUUAACAAUCAUUGAAACAAAUUCUGUAUCAAAUUCCAUAAAAAGUUUUGGAACUCUCACAUCAAAAAGGAAAGAAUCAUUAAAUUCCAAAGAAUUUGAUGACCAUUUGAGUGAAAAUAGUAGACCUUCAAGGAAAAAAUCUUCUAAAUUAAGACAAUCUAUGGAAAAUUAUUGUUUAGAGCCGGAUCUCAUUGAAAUUAAAAAAUCUCAACCGAGAAAUAGCUGGACUAGGUUUCUAAAACCACCUUUUUCAUUUCAUUCAUGUUCAAAUAUUAAUAAUAAGCCUAGUGUUGCCACGCAAACAACCCCUGAUUCCUCAGAUGACCCUUUAAAAUCUUUGAAAGAAUUUGAUAUCAUGGGAGAUGAAAAUAUUAAUCUUUUUAUCAAUAUUGAAAAUAAUCCUCAUUGUAAAACAAAAAAUAAAAAUGAUAGCAAAUAUGGUGAAACCAGAAAUUCCAUUAAAAAAAUUAACGAUUCUUUACCUGAAGAAGAAACAUCAUCUACCACUACUGAGACUUCAACUGCAGAAUCAGAUAUUAGUGAAAAGGAUAAUCGUUUGCCAGAUGUUUGUGUUACUUCAAAACCACAGAAAACAAGAUAUUCUAAAAAUAAAUCCAAAGAACUAAACUCUCCUCACAUUUGCCAUAAUUUAUCAGUGGAAAAUAUAAAUGAUGAAGAUUUUGGUAUCAAUUCAAAAACUCGAAGCCAUAAGAAAAUAAAAGUUGAAUCUGGAAAAGUCUUCAAUAGUGAUGCUAUUCGACCAAACACUUUAGAACUGCCCUACAAAUUAAAAUCUGUGUCUGAAGAUGAAAAGAAAGUGAUAGAAAUGCCUUCCAAAGAUAGUUCUUCACUGUGUAUGAAAAAUUCAGAAAAUCAUGAUGCUGUAGUGGAAUGUUCACAAAAUUUGGCUCUACAACAAGGGUUUCAUAAUUAUCUGUGGUCUAAACCUUCAGAUGGCACAAAAUCUUCUCUGUCAUUUGAAUCAUUUACAAAAUUCCCUUCAACAUACUCGGCAGUUGUUAGUAAAGAUAUACUAAGUAAUGAUACAGAAAAGAACAGUAACCUAUGUGAAGUCAACAAAAAUUGUUUAGAAUCAUUAAAACUAAAUUCCUCCAGAUCUAAAUGUCAAAAUUAUCAAUCUGCAAUCAAAACUUCUAUUAAUCAGUCAUCUAUGGGUCAAAAUGCUUGGAAUAUUGAAAGUGGUGACAUUAGUUCAGAUUUACAAGACAAACUCUCUGGCUCAAAGUUAAGGUGUUGGAUGUUAAAAACCAAUGAAUUCUGCUCUUCGACUGAUAUUGCUCCAGAUCUUGAAAGAAAAGAAAAUGACUUAAUUCAUGGAUGCCAAAAUCUUUCAAGGCAAAAUGAUUCUUCUUCUUUAAAUAAACCAGUAUCUUGGAUUGGAAAGUCACAAAUAUCUUUACUGCAAGCUUUACAAACAGAACGUCAACUGAGACUUGAAGCAUAUGAUAAACAACCUGAAGUUUAUGAAGAUUGGCCAGGGUUUGAUUUAACACCUAUCAGGGAAAGUUUUUGGGAUACAAAUUAUAGUCCAAAUUCAGAUUCCUGGACAGAAAAAUCUGGCACUACUAAUUUAAAUUUAGACCUUAGUGGAGCUAUUAAUCCUCAUCCAAAUUUAUCACCAAACAAUAUAUGGGAACAUUCAAUUCCACCUACGACUUGGGAACCUGAAACAUCAUGGUCAUCUUCUUGUGACAACUGCGGUUUCGUUAGUAGUAAUGGACUGAGUGAUAAUGUUGUGAUGGCACCUGAAGAUAGUGGUAUUGAAAAAAAGGAAUCUGCUACAACUGAAUUCGACCCUUUCCAUACCCCAAGCCCUCUUUGGAUUUCGCCCCUUAAUGACAAACAAACUUUUUCAAGCACUUCAGGUGCAAAUACAUGGUCUUUCAGCUUGUUUUCUGAUCCUUCUCAAGUUUUAAUGACUGAAAAUGCUCAUGAUUCAAGAGAGGAAAUAAUUGAUGUAAAGACUGAAACUUCAACCAUUUGAUUUUAUUGAAAAAUUUAAAACUAAUUAAAAUUCAUUUCUGUCUAUUCUAAGUAUUUAAAUCUGUAAAUGUACUAAUUUCAUGUAUUUGCUGUAAAGUGUGGUUAAUACUUUCUUUGAGUGUUACUAAUAUAUACUUAAAAAAUUAAGUACAAACUAUUCAACUAAAUUUCAGAUGUUUUUGGUGAAAUUUUUUUUUCUAAUAAUAUAGUUAAUUUACGUGUCAUAACUUGUUUAGUUCCCUAGAUCCUUGUAAAUCUUAUAACACUAUUUAUAUAUCGUUAAUCCCGUAUGUAUUUGGAAAAACAUUGGAAACAUUUGGAAAAACAUUAGUUAAAAACAUUGUUAAUUGAGAAAUAGUUCAUAUUAAGCUAUAUUUUCUCUUAUAACUCUGAUGGUUAAGCACCACUGCAAAUUUGAACUCAAAACUCUCUUACUCUGCAACAAUUUCCAAAUAAAAAGCAUAAAAGAAGUGGCUUAAUGUGUAAGAAGGCAGUGCAUUCAACUUUUUUUUAAAAAAAGCUUGAACUACCACUCAAAAAGUUGAUUUUAUUUUGUAUUUGUUAUGACAUUUUUAAGUUUUAUUGAAAGUAUAAAACUCCUUUCAAGAUUUAGUGAUAUGUAUAUAACUUUUUUUUAUAAAAAAAUUAUUGUAUUGUCCGUAAGCAUGUUUCGACAUGAAGCAAUGACUACUGAAUUUGAAAUCUUGCAAGUCUAAUGUUUAUCAAAUAAAAAAAACUAAUCAAAUUUGAGCAAUAAAACUACAAUCUGAUCAAUUUAAACACACUAUUUGAUAUGUUGGUGAAUUUUUUUGAAAAUGAAGUACUAAUAAAACUGCAAUCUGAUCAAUUUAAAUACAUUAUUUGAUAUGUUGGUGAAUUUUUUUAAAAAUAAGAUACUUACAUUUUAAUGUAUUAUCUAACUUUUAGUGACAAUUUAAGUCAUUGUGUAUUCAUAACAUAGACAUAUACCUAUUAGUUUUAAAAUUGUUACAGAUUAGAAAUUACUAAAUUAUUUAUAUGUCUACAAAUUUAUUUACAACUUCGUUGAUUUUUUUUUUGUGGGUUAAUAUUAAUAUUUUUUAAAAAAACUUCUUAGAAAAAUUUCCUCACUUUUUCUUCAUUGCUCAAAUUUUACAUUAAAUAACAGAAAGAGAAAUCAUUUUAUAUUGUUAAAAGGUUGCUAAGGUUAGGAUGAAAUAUUUUCAGUUAAACACUCAUAAAAUCAAGCUAAGAAAAUUAUUUAAAAAUUGCUAUGCACCCAUAUUUUUAUUCACCUUCAUCCAUCAGAACAAUUUUGUACCAAGAUUAUUAUUUUGUAGUACAAUCAAGUUUCUAUUGAGCUUUUUAAGAUCAAUGUGAAACUGAACUCUUUUAAUAGCUGCCUCUUUCCUUAUUCAAAGUAAAGUAUUGUUAGCACUUUUUAUUGAUGCAAUAAUGUUCUCUACAAUGAAAAGCUACAAUUAAGUGAUUAAAUUCCCUGCAAUAUUUAAAACUUCCAAUUGUGUGUAUGUCCCAAUUGUAUUUUGUUUUAACUGUCAUUUUAAAUUGGCAUUAGUUACAAGUGUGUUAUUUGCAUCUUGCACAUUGUUUUUUUUAAAACAUUUGAAGAGUGAAAAUUAUUAGUGUUUGUUAAACUAUUAUUUUUUUCUUUGUGCUAAUUCUUUUACAGGUUUAUUUUCAUCACAAACUAUGUAUUUCUAUCUAAAUAUAUAUUAAGUUUAUUUAUAUUAUGGUAGACUACUCCUGAAUAUCCGGCUCUUAAUUCUGUGACAUGGUUACAGAAAAUCCUUCUGAGUUAUAUGCAAAAUCAUUUCACCAUUUGAAAAUCAAGAUCAUUUGAAAAGAACUUACGAAGUUGUAUAAUAAUACUUAAAGUAUUAAGGAUUUUCUAAAACUUAAGCUAUUUUGCCAACACUUCAGUCCUAUAAAUGUAAGCCUACUGAAGUAUUUAUCCUUAUAAAUUUAUGUUUUCUCCCCUUCUAUUGAAGCAAUAUAUUUAUAUCCCUAUUUUUUAGAGAAAUAAAAAGAGAAUUAAUUUUUGCUUUAAAUUUAAUUUCACAUCAAAUUUUCUUUUAAUAUGCAUUUUAAUCACUUUGUUUGUUACUUCAAAUAUUUAUUUUAAAAUUUACCGUUCAUAUUUCAAUUUCUUAUAAAACACAAAUACCACUACUAUAACUUUACUAUUUUCUUUUUUGAAGAUAAAAUUUUUUAGUGAUUAAUCAGAUGAUUGAGAACAUUUUGUUAAUUAAUUUAUGCAAUGCUGUUCACUUCUGCAAAUGAUAUCGUUAAAUUCUUAUUUUACACGGAAUGUUUUGUAAAUAAUUUUAAAUUUAUUUACAUAUUUUUGGAGUGAUUUUUUUUCAUGUGAGAGAAAAAAAUUUUCUUUUGGUGAUCAAAAAUCUAUUUUCUAAAUGUUUGAAAUGUUCAAGAUCUGUCAGACAGUUGGUUUGCUAUUGGUUGAUUUCAUAACUUAAGAGUUCAAAUUGAAUUCUUUACAGUUUAAAGUAUAUAAAUGUGUUUAUAUUCAGUAUCCUAUUUAUUUCUGUAAAAUCUUCCAAUACUUCUGCAGUUUUAUUAGACACAGUUUUCUAAUUAUAAAUGAAUCAAUUUAUAUAAUUUAUUUGUGAAAAUCAAAUUCUAAGUCAUAUAGAGUUUUUCUUUUAUUUUAACCUUUGGGUGUUGUUUUUCAAUGUCUGUCUGUGUCUAACAUUGCAUUUGUCUGUUUUUUUUUGUUUGUGUUUCAUACUUACUGUUAUUUUAUUUUUGUAAAAUACAACUGAAUUAUCAGGUUAAAUCUUAUUUUUUCAAAUGUGUGUUUUUUAGAUGCUUGCAACUCAAAUAUAAUUUUGGCUUUAUUAAAAUUUUGAGUUAAGUAUUUUGCUUAUGAUAUCCAUUCUGUAUUCAUGCGUAUUGUAUUGUUUUAAUUUUAAAGAAACUUUAAAAGCCUUUUAACAUUUAGCACCUGGGCAAUGCUGUAGGAUUUUUUUUAUUGUUGUGCACCAUUUCUCCAUUGAGUAACAAAAGAAUAAACCACUGAAACGUUAAGUAAAAUGGUUGAAAAUUUUAGGUUACACACUUAUCAGGUUGAAGUAUACUUGAAUUGCAAGUAUUCACUGUGAAAGAGUUAUUUUAAUUUAUACAUCAUUUCAAUUUAUUUUGUAAUUGUCAAAAUGUGCAAAUGUAAAUAAAAUAUAUUUUUCAUAAGUAUUCAUGGUAAAAAUAAGAAAGUCCCAGUUUGAACCCUGCAUGAUGAAAUAUAUUCUGUAUAUAAUGCUCAUGCUUUAAAAAGCUGGUUUAUCCCAUAUUUAUGAAAAAUAAUUAUUAACAAACUGUCAGUGAACAUUAAAUAGACAUUACUGUGAUAUUUUUAUUUCAAUGAAAGUAUUUAGCAAUAACAAAAGUCAACUUAAUUUUUAACCCCUUUAAGCAUAUCAUUAUUUACCUCAUUACUGUGCAACUGAUAUUAUAACUUGAUAAAUGUUCUAAUAUUAAAAGCAUUAUAUUUUCUUUUAUUAACCUUUUGCUUAUGGCACUUAGCAUGAUAACACCUGUUAUUUUGUUCCAUCUGUUGUACUAGCUGUUACAAAGGGUUAAGAUGUAUGUUCACUGUAUAAUAAUUCUGCACAUUCACUCAAUGUGAAUCUGUUGUUUUGCUGCAAGAUGCUCAUAUAAAUGCCCAUUUUUUUGGGACCUGUUAAUUUUUAUUAUAUUUCUUCGUAUUAUAUUUUGUACAAACUAAUAUAAUAGUUUAAUUUGUAAAUUUCCUGAAAGCAUUUUCUGUUAGUUACUGUAAAGUUAAGAAUAUGUGUAUUAAAAAUAUAUAAUUUUAAGUAUUUAUAUGACUUAUGUUCCAAAAGUGCCAAUUUUUGCUAUGCUCAUUCUUUAUAGUUAAUUGAGGCAAAUCAAUAUAGAUAUAGGUAUGAAAGGAUAUACCACAGGAUUUAACAUUAGUGGAUUUGGUUUAUGUUAUUAAUGUAUCUGAUAUUUUAAAUUAAUAACUACUCUUAACACUGUUUUAUUCCAUAAAGAAAUACCACUACUGUACAAAUCAUUAUAUGAAAUUUUUACACAAUUUAAAAGAGUUGGAAAGCUUGAAAAAGGUCAUGGAUAGUUUCUCUGUUUAAUUUAGUUGAACAACGGGUACACCACUUAUCUUUUAAAAAAUUACUUGCAUUCGCAAGUAAUUUUGGUUUGUGAUGCAUAUUAGGAAAAAUAUUGCAGUUUAUAAUUUUGCACUGAUUUUUUUUCUGCCUAUAUUAGUGAAUCUGCUUAUUUGAAUAUCUUAAACAUUAAUUUUUUUUCAAUCAACUUAUUAUAAAUUAUUUAUAAAUUUUACUAAAAUGUUUCUGUUAUGUCUAUUUCUAAAUCUUAUUUAUUUUUAUAUUCUUUUUCUGAAUCUUUAAGUUAAUCCAAGUGUUAGGCAUACUUGUAUUGAAAAGUUGUGUUAAAAGUAUCACUAAUUGUCUACAUUAUAUUUAAAGCAAGAUUUAAUAAAAUGCUAAUAAAUCAUAGACCUCUGAUUUUCCAAUUGAAACAAAAAGCAAUUUUAGCUCUUUUUAAAUAUUAUAAAAGAAAUAAAGUUGAGAUACUACAUAUGUAUUGAUCAAGUAUAGAAAGUUAAAAAAAAAGUUAAAUAUUUAAUGAAACAAAAUAUUUAUUUUUCAAAAAAUUCAAAUAUUAAAAUAAAAUUUGUAUUUUACAGAAGUGAGACAUAAUUUUACAUAAAGAUCUCUAUAUUUCUGAAAAUUCUAAAUCUAGCGUUGUCAUUUCAGAAAUACUACUGCAUAAUGGAUAUAACAAAAAUUAUUUAUUAAAACCCUUGCUAAAAUUUUAUAUAAUACAAAGUAACAAUUUUGGUUGAUAUUACAAGAGACCUAUGUUCUACAAAAUUAAAUCUCUCCAAUUCACUGGGAGUUAAACAUUAUUUUUUGGUGUAUUUCUAUAAAAUACUGUAGGUACUAUAAUUUAAAGUGAUAAAACAAUCAUGAUCAGUACAUGUUAUAAAUUUGUCGUUAGUCUUAAUAUUUUUUUCUCCAUAUUUAUUGCUUCUAGCUAAUAUUUACAAACAAUUAUGUAUAAUGAAACAUUUAUAUGGAAAUUAAAUUUUUUGAAAAAUAAAAUAGGAAAAUACUUUUUUAUUUAGUCUUAUUAUCAUUAUUUUAACUAAUGUUAAUAUUUAUUUCUUCAGCUUUUGAUUUAAUUUUGAGAUUGUAAAAUGAAAUAAUUUCAAAUGCUUAAUAAAUAAAUUUCCUUAGUUUCAUUUUGAUAAUUUAUGCUAGUCUUUAUUUAUUGUAUUUAUUACAUAGCUUAAUUUUUCUGUAAAUUAUUCAAUAUUUAUGAUAAAUAAACUUACUUUUGGGACCUGAAAAAGAUAUUGAGUGUAUUUUGUAAUGCUUUAUCUGUUUGAUUGAUAAAUAAAAGAUAGGGUUGCAAGUUUGUCGCGGGCACGAAUUCCUGAGAAUUAACGUUUUUUUUAAGCCUGCAAAUAUUUUGAUUUACCAAAAAUUUUCUAAAAUGUGAGAUAUUUCGGUUUUUUAAUAUUACAGUUUAGCAUCAAUUAGCUCUUUACUGUUGGUUCAAUAUUGAUAAUGUAUAAGGUCUUUCUACUACAACAUUUCUGUUAUGCCACAAGCCUGGCAUGCAACAUCUUGACACGAAUUCCUGAUCACAAACAAAGUGGUUUCCUUCUUGCUUGUUAUAUGCUUUUAUUAUUUGUACCAUAUCCAUGUCUUUCAAUGCAUAACACCAAAACUUUUCUACAGCUGAAUUUAAGAAAUUUUUUUCCAAAUUUAGCUUGAAUUUUCUGCAAUUUUUUGGUAGUACUUAUUCCCCCGCUACAAGCUUGCAAUGUUAAUAAUAGAUGUUUUUAUUUUUUUUAAUAUGUUUAUUUUUUCAGAAUAAGAGUGAGAAUUUGAAGUAUAAUUUAUGUAUUUAUUCCUAAAAUAAUUAUUUCCAUGUAAAUUAAAAUGCUAAACAUUUUUGUGCGAGUUAUAUUUAGAUUCAUUGAAUAUGUUUUUGUUACAAUAAUUUUGUUUUUUUUUUCUGUAAUUUUUUUUUUAGAUUCAACGAAUAUAUGAAUGUGUGUCUUGAAAGUUUCAAAUAUAAAUGUCAUGUUUCAAUGUCUUAUACUCAUUUUCCCAUGCAGCUAUGAUCGUAUAAUUUGCGAAAUUUUUUUCAAGAAUGGCGACUGAACUAAGUUUCUUUUUACCAUUCUUAACUUUUUGCAAUUUAUGUUUUGUUUAUGGAGUUAAUAAAUUAUGCAGUGAAAGAUAUGUAAAUCUACCAACUCGUGAGUUAACAGAAAUAGUAUCAUUCUGUUAAAAUGUUAUCUCUUUGAAAUGAUCGUACAAAAGAAUUUCAUAGAUAUAUUAUAUAAAAAUUUAAGCUAGGUAUGAAACUAUAUACGGCUACUUUAACUGUCUUAUACACAUAUUAAAAUGUGUAGAUCUAAUUGAUAAUAAAAAUAACAUUCUUGUGCUUGUUCAGGUGGAAACAUAAAUAAUGCACUAAAUUUACGUAAAUUAAACCUUUAUUGCUGCUGGGUUAUCUAUGUUGUUGUACAAUUUUUUUUAGUCUUUGUCAAAAGAAAACCACACUACAGCAAGUGUAUUAAAACUUAUACUGAAUGCUAAUAAUUACAUUUAAUGCUAAUAAUUCAAAUUAGAAAUUUAAUAAAAUUGUUUAUUUUUUCUCAGUUA